UACAAAAAUAUAAAAAAAACAAGAUCCACCUCGAACACCCACACCCAUCACCCCCUUCUUUCUCUCUCUAAAAAAAUCGAAUCUUUUUAAGAUUGAUAGUCUCCGAUCCAACAUCUACUGAUUUCAAUGUAAAUUCCCCAAUUGGGUCUUCAAUUUCACCCCCAAAUUUGCUCAAUUUUCACUUAAAAAUAUGAAAGAAGAUGAAUCCAAUUGGUUCUCAAAGUGGGAAGAUGAGCUACCGUUGCCGGAGGAUCUUAUGCCGUUAUCCCAAACUCUAAUCACCCCUGAUCUCGCAAUCGCGUUCGAUAUCCGAACGCCGAAUACCCACCAGCCCCUGCCGCUUAACCACCAGCAAGAACUGGCGCCGGUUACAAUUUCGACGCCGAGUUCCCAGCCUAAUUCCGGCGAAUUUGAUUCGCCGGAAUUAGGUGGGGGCGGGGGAGAUGAGCCUGCGCGGACACUUAAGCGUCCGCGCCUGGUAUGGACCCCGCAGCUCCACAAAAGGUUUGUGGAUGCUGUGGCCCACUUGGGGAUCAAGAACGCGGUCCCCAAGACAAUAAUGCAGCUCAUGAGUGUUGAUGGGUUGACUCGCGAAAAUGUCGCGAGUCAUCUCCAGAAGUACAGGCUUUAUUUAAAGCGGAUGCAGGGUCUGUCGUCCGGCGGACCCGCUGGGUCCGUCGGAGACUCUGCGACCGAUCAUUUGUUCGCGAGUUCUCCGGUCCCGGCGCAUUUUCUGCACCAGGGCCGGCCGAACUCAGAACAUUAUUUGCCGUAUGUUCCCGUCGCUGCGCUGCAACAGCAGCAGAUGGCGGCGGUUGCUGGGCAUCAUGCUCAGUUGCAGCCGCGGUUUGGGCAAAUUGGGCAUUUUGGGUCGCCGAGAAACGGGCAGUUUGAGCACCCGUUUCUGAACCGACAGAACCCGCAAGCGGUUCAUCGGGUGGGGACACCGGUUCAUAGUUCUGUGCCAGCAUCUUAUGUGGAUGAUGUUGAUUCUGCAAAUGGUAGAAAGGUUCUGACUUUGUUUCCAACUGGAGAUGAUUGAUUUUGGGGAUGACGGUGAAGGCAAAUGAUGAUAUAUUGGGCUGCAUCAUGAGGAGGACUAACAGCAAAAAGAAUCGGUGAAAUUAUGUUCAAAGGUAAAUUGCAUACUAAACUUGCGCGGUAAAUUAUGUUUUUAUUCUGCAAGCAUUCUACUUUUUAUUUCUAGUUAGCCGUGUAGAGAUCAGUUCGGGUUUGUUGUAAAUUGUUGUUUUCUAAUAUAUUUCAAAACUUGUUAUAUUGGCGGGUCGCUUCAGGAGAUAAUAAACUUGAUUCUAGUUUUAUAAUAUAUUCUUAUUGUUUUAUAAA